CAGACAAAACCAAACAAUUCCUUCACCUGCCCAACUAUCAAAUUUUUCACCACAACAAACAAUUAACGUACGCAAAGUCAGGAAUAGCAAUAUUAGUUAGAAAUACAAUAAACGCUUCAAAUCACAGGACAUCCACCAACCAACUUCUGCAUCAAACCGUAACUAUACGCGGACUAAAAGACUUACACAUCACAAAUAUCUACAAAGAAACUGACAUAAACUUAACGCAGCAGUUGUUACAAGACUUACCAAUAAUAAAUUCAGGGCAUCAAAUAGUUGUAGGAGACCUUAAUGCGCAGAAUACUCUUUGGGGAUCUCAAUACAACUCAAGAAGCGGGAACUUGUGGGAAAACUUUGCACAUGAGCGAAAUUUAGUAUUUUUAAAUGAUGGGGGACCAACCCUCCUGAACACAAGGAACACGCUUACUUCAGUGGAUGUAACUAUGGUUACAAGUGAUUUGGCAGACUGUUUGUCCUGGAGUUGUCCAUCUCAAACAAUCGCAGGCGAUCACUUUCCAAUUUUUAUGCAUAAUGGAAACACCCAUAUUGAAAAAAAAAUUAUAAGAAGAUUUAAGGAAAAACAAGCGAACUGGGAACUCUUCCGUAAUAAAACAGACCUCUUUGACAACCAGUUCGUGCAAUCAGACAAUGUCAACAGAGAAGCAGCCUUGCUCAAAAGGAUAAUUAGAAAAUCAGCAAACGAAUCCAUGCCAACCACCCGAUGUCCAAAGCGAAAGAGCUCCCCAGUAUGGUUUAAUGCAGAAAUCAAUACACUAAUACGUGAAAAAAGGAAAGCCUGGAAGAAAUUCAGAGAAAACAAAACCCCGACAAGAACUCUGAAUUACAGAAGAUUGUGUGCACAGGUAAGAAGAGCCUGCAAAAAGGCAAAACAAGAGACGUGGAAAUGCUUCGUAAACUCACUAAACCCGACGAUAGAUGCCAAGACAUUAUGGGGCAAAGUAAGGAAGAUCAAAUCCAACACCAUCUCCAGCUUUCCACCGAUCUUUACAAAUAGUACGGCUAUCUCACAUCCGAAACAGAAAGCAAAUCAUCUAGCAAGAGUAUGGAGCUCAUUGGGAUCAAAUGACAAACUCGGCAGAUGCCUUACACAACAAAAAUUGGAAGCAGUAACACUGGCGGAAUUACAUCUAGCGCUCAAAAAUGCUAAAGGAACAUCGCCUGGGAAGGAUAAAAUAACUUAUGCCAUGGUAAAAAAUUCGUCGAGCGUCUUCAAAAUAAGAUUUUGCCGGCUUUAUAGCAAUAUUUUAAAAACUGGUAUUUACCCACACGACUGGAAGGAAGCUGUACUUAUACCCAUACCAAAGUUAGGUAGGAACCAGAAUUCAGUCGAAGGGUACCAACCUAUAUCCUUAUUACCUGUGCUCUCGAAAAUAUUAGACAAAAUAGUGACGAGAAGACUGUGGAAAGCAUGCGAUGGUAAAAUCCUCAAAAUUCAGCAUGCAUACAUGCCCAACCACGGAGUACACACACUUUGCCAACUAUUAGAAACGAAGAUAAAGAAAAACCUCAACCGUCAAAAGCACUGCAUACUGGUUUCUGAAGAUCUCGAAAAAGCAUUUGACAGGGUAAUAUCAACGGUAGUAAUAAAGGAGCUACACUGUUGGGGUAUACCCAAAAUCCUUCUAAAAUUAGCUUUAUCCUUUCUCUCUCACAGAAGGAUCUCAGUGAAAGUAGAUGGUUUCUUGUCCCAGAAUUAUAAACUAGACAAUGGAAUUCCGCAGGGCUCCUUCCUCUCUGUGUUCCUUUUUAAUGCGUAUACGAACACACUGUCAAAAACACUAAAAGAUAUACAUGGCAUUGAUUUCGUUGAUACCACUUCGUAA